AUGAAUCGCCGCCAAGUACAGGAAAAAAAUGAUCGGCGGAAGGGCGGAGGUCGGCGGCGGCGGCAGCAGCAGCAGCAUCAUGCAGCUCAACGUCAAGGUGGUUUAUUGUAUCAGCAGCUCAAGAAGGAACUCGAAAAAGAGUUUCCGGGCAAGCUGGAAAUAAGUGGUGAAGGGACUCCCAAGGUCACGGGAUGGUUCGAAGUGACAGUUGCAGGGAAGCUGGUGCAUUCCAAGAAGAAUGGAGAUGGCUUUGUGGACAAUGCCACCAAGUUACAGAAGAUAGUUAUGGCCAUAAAAGCAGCCUUGGUGUAAAGAUGGCUGGAAGAAUGCACCAGCAGAUCACUGGAUAGCAGAG